AAAAAAAUCCCCUGUUUGUGGAAAUUUCUCCGAAUCUGACAACACUGUGAGGAGCAGAUGGUGGUGAAGUUUUGCCGAAGUUUUUAUCAAUACUAAGAUCGGAGAAAAUUCAACCGGCAAAAGAACGAUAUGAUGGGAGGAUAUACAGAGGCUGAUAUAAUCUUAUUUGGGAUCCUGGGUCUCUGUUUGGUGAAAAAUAUCUUCGAAAUCUAUAUAUCAUUGCGUCAGGUCAAAGUGUACAAGACUGCCAAUAAAGUUCCUGCCGAAUUGGGAGACCACAUGAGCGAUGAGACCUUCAAUAAGGCACGUGUAUAUGGCUUGGAUCGAGAACAGUUUGACAUAUUCAAAAGUUUUAUUCUUGAUGUCAUUGUUAUACCAUUGGAAUUGUAUUUCGGAGUGAUUUCCCUCUUCUGGCAGAUCUCAUUCUCCAUUGUGGAGAAAUUGAACUUUGAUGUUAACAACGAAAUACUCAUCAGCUCUGUAUUUGUCGUCGUUAUCGGCUUAUUUGGUUACGUUAAAGAGUUGGCCUUUAAAAUCUAUGGCACCUUUGUUUUGGAGGAAAGGCAUGGCUUCAACAAGCAAACACCUGGCUUCUUUGUAUGGGACCAAAUCAAGGGUCUUAUUGUGAGUAACAUUCUGACCGUCUUACUAUCUGCUGCCAUUGUUUUUAUUGUACAAUGGGGUGGAGAAUAUUUCUUCAUAUACUUGUGGGCCUUUGCCGGAGUGAUAUCCUUGGUACUGCUAACCAUUUAUCCCAUUUUUAUUGCCCCAUUAUUUGACAAAUACAUCCCCUUGGAAGAUGGAGAAUUAAGAACGUCGAUAGAGAAGUUGGCAGCUUCUCUAAAAUUCCCACUUACCAAACUAUAUGUGGUUGAAGGAUCUAAACGCUCAUCGCAUAGUAAUGCCUACUUCUAUGGCCUGUGGAAUUCUAAGCGAAUUGUUCUCUUCGAUACCCUGCUGCUUAAUAAGGGCAAGAAUGAUGACGCUGAAAUUAAGGAGGAGGAUAAAGGCAAAGGUUGCACCAAUGAGGAGGUGGUUGCAGUCUUGGGUCAUGAAUUAGGCCAUUGGAAGUUGGGUCAUGUAACCAAAAAUAUUGUUAUAAUGCAGGUGAACUUACUGCUCAUAUUCAUCGUUUUCAACUACUGCUUCAAAUACGCACCAUUUUACGAGGCAUUGGGCUUUGCACCUGGCGUUCGUCCCAUCUUGGUGGGUCUCUUUAUUGUUUUGACUUAUGUUAUGGCCCCUUAUAAUGCCAUACUGGAAUUCGCCAUGACCAUGCUGUCUCGACGUUUUGAAUAUCAAGCUGAUGAAUUUGCCCAAAAAUUGGGCUAUGCCAAACUUCUGCAGAAAGCCUUAAUAAAACUAAAUUUGGAUAAUUUAGGCUUCCCGGUGCAUGAUUGGUUGUAUUCAUCUUGGAAUCAUUCUCAUCCCACACUACUGCAACGCAUGCAUAGGCUAAAGGAAUUGGAAGCCAAAGACAAGAAGAGCAAGUAGGAGGUGCAAGGCAUAAGGUGCUCUAUUUUCCAACACAAACACUAUUAAGACUCCGCGUGAAAUGUAAACCAUUGAUAUGUUUCUUUAAGACAAAAUUCAAUUUUAUUUGUAAAUCAAUUUUUUAUACAUGGCUUAUGUUAACAGCAUAAAUUUUUAAAAUGAGUAUAGAAUAUGUACAAGUUUUAUUUUUUAUAAUUUCAAUAAACAAAAAUUCCAUUUAAA